GAGCCACCUGGCUUGGUUGCCAAAUGUCAGAAGCUCUUCAGCUCCUCGCUGCUCACGAGGGCCACCGUGUCGCCCCUGUGCUGCUCCUCUCAGUUCCUUCUUGAUGUCCUCCAAGAGCAGGAUGGAGCCAGGCCCCUUCUCUCCCUGAAGCGCCUCAGAAGAUCAUGGUGGGGAUGGAUCUGGAUGAGAUAAUGGGUAUAAAAAAAAUCCCCUUUUGGGGUGAGAACAGAACCCCUCUUUGGAGCCUUCCUGGGUCUCCCAGCCCUCCAGAAUGGAGCUGAUGGAAAAGAGGGGCUCACAUCCCAAAGAUGUGGAAGAAACUCCUUGGAAGAGGCUGUGGGAGCACCGUGGCUGCUGCAGCCCCUGAAGCUGAGGGGGUUUUGCCUCCAGGGACCCCCCCAGCUGUGCAGGUCCAAGGGCGAGGCAGCACCCACCAUUCCCUGGCACAGCAAAUCCCCAAUCCCGGCGGAGAUUUCUCUGCGCUGUCUCCCGGCCUUGCUUUUUGGAGUGGAGUUUCACCAACAGCAGUUAAGUAAAAUAAAUAAAGAGGCCUGUGCCUGCCAGUGCUCGCGAGGCCGCGCCAGGGAUUGGCAGAGCGGCACCAUUAAUUACAGCGCGGCACCGCUGCCAGCCUGCCGGCUCCAGGAGGGGCCGUGGCAGCACGCCGGGGAGCCAGAGGGACAAGGGAGACGUGGAAUCGUGGAAGGGAGGGGAAACGUGCUCCUGGAUUCUGAGGGAAUUGUGCCAGGGUGGGUGGAAGCAGCUGGGAGAUCGCUGCGCCCGCUGGGUGUCUGUGUGCGCACACGCGUGUGCAAGCAUGUGCCGAGCAGGGAUUCAUGUUUUUGGGGGGAUUGCAGUAGUUUUUGCCAGGAAUGGUGCUGAUGUGUUGGUGGAAGUGCUGGGAGCGCUCAGGAGGAGCUUUGGGGCAGCUUUGGAUUCCCUGGAUGCCUUUGAAUCCCGGGGGUUGUAGGGUGGUGGGAAUUUGUGGCGCUGCGUUUGUCACUGUCACCUCUGGGUGGGCACAGAUGGCAUCCCAUGGGAUGGAGCCCCAUGGCUUUGCCGUUCCUGUUCCUUUCGGCAGGGAAAUGAGGCUGUUCCAUGCUGGAUCAACCACCCAGGAUGCACCAGCCCUUCCUCACUUUUUACUCCUUUAUCCUAAGCCAUGCUCAUGUCAGGAAUUUUCCUGGAUCAGGUCUUUUUUUUUUUUUUCCCCAUGGAUUUUGUAUUUUUUACAGCCUGUUAAAAGAACGAUUGGGUUAAAAACCACAUCCCCCCACCCCCAAAUCUCCUUUAAUCGUUUCUCAGAUUAUUGAUGCUUUGGUGCUGCACAUUUAUCACUUUUCUGGGGACUCGCUGGUUGUCCCUGGCUUUUCCUGAUCACGAUCUGAGCUCCUGCCGUGCCGGGAUGAUGGAGCCGGACCGGGAUCCAGCCAAAAUCCAGGCAAAACAUCCUCAGGGAAACAACCUGUUUGUGCACGGGGAGCAGUGCAGUGCCGUGGCCGGGCAGAGCCGAGCCGCGCUCUGAUCCUGCUUUUCCAGGAGCGAAAUUCCAGCAGGGAUGCGAGGCAGGGAUGGAGAGAGAGCGGCGAGCCCGAGCUGUCGCUUCCGCCCGCCCGGCCGCUUUCCCAGAGCUCUGUGAUGGCUCUUUAAAAGCUUUAAUUAAAGCUCUAAACCCACCCCCUUCCCUGCGCCCGGGCGGCAACAAAGGCAGAUGGAAGGGGUUGCAGCGUGCCAGGCUGUGCCCGCCGCGCUCCGGGUGGCAUCGCUGUGCCCGCCGCGCUCCGGGUGACAUCGCUGUCCCCAGGGAGCACCGGCGGGGCGCAGGGGGGGUCCCUGGGUGGUUCAGGGGGUUCAUCCCGCAUGGAUCGAGGCGGUUCGGGGCGCAGCGGGGGUGAUGCCAGCGCGGCCGUGCCCUGGCACCGCGGCCGGGCUGGGCUCCCCCGAGCCGGGCAGCGCAGACGGUGACGCCGCAGGGCUCCGUGUCCCCGCCGUGCUGAUGGCUGGGGGUGAUGGUGACCCCUGGGCAGCUCCAGCCGGGUGACUCCGUGGCACAGAUGUUAAAAAUCUCCUCGGCCCCUUCGCAGAUCAGUGAAAUAUUUUCACUGCGGCGCAGGCAGGGAGCGGGGCUGGUGCCGAGCGAGCUCCGGUGCAGCCCCGGCCGUGGCUCCGCUCAGGCAGCCGCAACCAGGAGGAGGUUUUGGGGCUGGGAGGAAGCUCCGCAUAUCCCAGAACAGCUGGAUCAUGCGUGCCUGGAGAGGGCAAAUGCCAUAGGAUGACCGCUGCUGGUCCCCUCUUACUGGCUGUGAUUUCGUCUGUCCUGUGGCUCACGCGGGGCUUCGACCCGGCUCCCAGCGCCUGCUCCGCCCUGGCCUCCGGCGUCCUCUACGGCUCCUUCUCCCUCAAGGACCUGUUCCCCACCAUCUCCUCGGGCUGCUCCUGGACCCUGGAGAACCCCGACCCCACCAAGUACUCGCUCUACCUCCGCUUCAACCGGGAGGAGCAGGUGUGCACCCACUUCUCGCCCAUGGUGCUGCCGCUCGACCACUACCUGGCCAACUACACCUGCGACCCCCGGGGCGAGGCCAGCCCUGCGCCCACCCCCCAGCACCCGGAGCAGCAGCAGGAGGAGGAGGAGGACGAGGAAGCCGAGCUGGAGCUGUGUGAGGGCACAGGACCCUUCACCUUCCUGCACUUUGACAAGAACUUCGUGCAGCUGUGCCUGGCGGCCGAGCCCGAGGCGGCCCCGCGGCUGCUGGAGCCGCAGGCGCUGGAGUUCCGCUUCGUGGAGGUGCUGCUCAUCAACAACAACAACUCCAGCCAGUUCACCUGCAGCGUGCUGUGCCGCUGGCUCGAGGAGUGCCUGCAGGCACCCGGUGCCCGCCGCUGCGGCUUCACCCACGCCGGCUGCAGCUGCCAGGCCGAGAGCGCCCCGGUGCCCCGGCGCAACGGCACCCGGCCCCCCACGCCCACCCCGGUGCCCGCCGCGCCCGACUGCUGCCCCACCGAGCUGCAUCCCGCCAAUGCCAACGAGCUCGAGCUGCCCGAGGUGCCCCACGGCAAUGCAGUCGAGGAGAACCAGAAGGUGAAGACCCAGUGGCCACGCUCAGCGGAUGAACCCGGGGUCUACAUGGCCCAGACAGGGGACCCGGCGGCAGAGGAGUGGUCGCAGUGGAGCGUGUGCUCGCUGACGUGCGGCCAGGGCUCCCAGGUGCGGACGCGCUCCUGCGUCUCCUCUCCCUACGGGACGCUGUGCAGCGGGCUGCUCCGGGAGACGCGCACCUGCAACAACACCGCCACCUGCCCAGUGGAAGGGCAGUGGCUGCCGUGGGGCGCCUGGAGCCGCUGCUCCGUCACCUGCGCCAACGGCACCCAGCAGCGGACGCGCAGGUGCAGCGUGGCGGCCCCCCAGGGCUGGGCCGAGUGCCGGGGGGCCCACGCCGACGCCCGGGAGUGCUCCAACCCCACCUGUCCCACAGACAGCAAGUGGGGUCCCUGGAACCACUGGAGCCUCUGCUCCAAGACCUGCGACACCGGCUGGCAGCGGCGCUUCCGCAUGUGCGAGGGCACGGGCAUGCAGGGCUACCCCUGCGAGGGCACUGGUGAGGAGGUGAAGACCUGCAAUGAGAAGAAAUGCCCAGCCUACCACGAGAUGUGCAAGGACGAGUACGUGAUGCUGAUGACCUGGAAGAAGACGGCUGCAGGGGAGAUCAUCUACAACAAAUGUCCCCCCAAUGCCACAGGGACUGCCAGCCGCCGGUGCCUGCUGAGCCCCCACGGGGUCGCCUAUUGGGGCGUGCCCAGCUUCGCCCGCUGCGUGUCCCACGAGUACAGAUACUUGCAUCUCUCACUGCGGGAGCACCUGGCCAAGGGCCAGCGGGUGCUGGCAGGGGAGGGCAUGUCGCAGGUGGUGCGCAGCCUGCUGGAGCUCAUGGCCCGCAAGAGCUACUACAGCGGGGACCUGCUCUUCUCCGUGGACAUCCUGCGCAACGUCACCGACACCUUCAAGAGGGCCACCUACAUCCCGUCCUCCGAGGACGUGCAGCGCUUCUUCCAGGUGGUGAGCUACAUGGUGGACGCUGAGAACCGGGAGAAGUGGGAGGAUGCCCAGCAGGUCUCUCCUGGCUCCGUGCACCUGAUGAAGGUGGUGGAGGACUUCAUCCACCUGGUGGGGAACGCGCUGAAGGCUUUCCAGAGCUCCCUCAUUGUCACUGACAACCUGGUGACCAGCAUCCAGCGGGAGCCCGUGUCCGCCGUGUCCAGCGACAUCAACUUCCCCAUGAGGGGCCGGCGGGGGAUGAAGGACUGGGCCCGCAGCUCCGAGGACAAGCUCUUCGUCCCCAGGGAGGUGCUGAGCCUCGCCUCGGCAGAAGCCGAGGAAUCGUCACACUUUGUCAUCGGGGCGGUGCUGUACCGCACGCUGGGGCUCAUCCUGCCCCCGCCCAGGAGCCCCCUGGCCGUCACCUCCAAGGUGCUGACGGUGACGGUGCGCCCGCCCACCCGGCCCGCGGAGCCACUCGUGCUGGUGGAGCUGUCCCACAUCAUCAACGGCACGUCCCACCCGCAGUGUGUCACCUGGGACUACUCGAGGACCGAUGCUGGCCUGGGAAACUGGGACACAGAGAGCUGCCAAACCCUGGAGACCCUCCCGGCACACACCAAGUGCCAGUGCCGCCAGCUCGCCACCUUCGCCGUGCUCGCCCAGCUGCCCAGGGACCUGGCCAUGGACCCCUCGGGGACGCCGUCGGUGCCGCUGAUGAUCGGCUGUGCCGUGUCCUGCAUGGCCCUGCUGACCCUGCUGGUGAUCUACGCCGCCUUCUGGAGGUUCAUCAAGUCGGAGCGCUCCAUCAUCCUCCUCAACUUCUGCGUCUCCAUCCUGGCUUCCAACAUCCUCAUCCUCGUGGGCCAGUCCCAGAUGCUCAGCAAGGGCGUGUGCACCAUGACCGCCGCCUUCCUCCACUUCUUCUUCCUCUCGUCCUUCUGCUGGGUGCUGACCGAGGCCUGGCAGUCCUACCUGGCGGUGAUCGGCCGGAUCCGGACACGCCUGGUCAGGAAACGCUUCCUGUGCUUGGGAUGGGGGUUGCCAGCCCUCGUGGUCGCCGUCUCUGUUGGAUUCACACGGACCAAAGGCUAUGGGACAGCGAGCUACUGCUGGCUCUCGCUGGAGGGCGGUUUGCUCUACGCCUUCGUGGGACCCGCUGCUGUCAUCGUGCUGGUGAACAUGCUGGUGGGCAUCAUCGUCUUCAACAAGCUCAUGUCCCGCGACGGCAUUUCAGAUAAGUCCAAAAAGCAGCGAGCUGGCUCCAAGCCCCCCCCGUGCGGCAGCCUGCUGCUGAAAUGCACCAAGUGCGGCGUGGUGUCCAGCGCGGCCAUGACCUCCGCCACCGCCAGCAGUGCCAUGGCAUCGCUGUGGAGCUCCUGCGUGGUCCUGCCUCUGCUGGCGCUGACCUGGAUGUCGGCCGUGCUCGCCAUGACCGACCGGCGCUCCAUCCUCUUCCAGGUCCUCUUCGCCGUCUUCAACUCCGUCCAGGGCUUCGUCAUCAUCACCGUGCACGGCUUCCUGCGCCGAGAGGUCCAGGACGUGGUCAAGUGUCAGAUGGGGGGGUGCAGGAGCGAGGAGAAUGAGAACUCGCCCGACUCCUGCAAGAACGGGCAGGUGCAGAUCCUGACAGAUUUUGAAAAGGACGUUGACCUGGCGUGUCAGACAGUGCUGUUCAAAGAGGUGAACACCUGCAACCCCGCCACCAUCACGGGCACCUUGUCGCGCAUCUCCCUGGACGGAGACGAAGACCCCAAGCUCAACACCACCUCGGAGGGCGGCCUGGGCUUCUCCAGCCUGCCCGGCAACAUCCCCCCCGCCAGCAUCCUGGUGCAGGUGCCCAAGAUGACGCCCAACGUGGUGGCGGGUCUGACCGAGCUGGGCGAGCCGCCGGCGCAGCAGCUCAGCCUGGAGGCGCCGGGUCCCGUUUACCUGUGCACUGAGAGCAGCCUGAGGCCCCUGGAAUACGGCUGGAUCCGGGCUCCCGAGCCGCCCCGGGAGAGCGAUUACAUGAUGCUGCCCCGGCGCACCAGCAGCCUCAAGCGCUUUCCCCGGGAGGAAGGGACGCUCGGUGCCAGCGCGGAGGAAGCGGUGCCCAGCGGGACGGGGCGCCCGGCGGCAGAAGGGGACGCCUAUCCCGGCUUUGUGGCCGUGGAUCACGUCAACGUGAACCUCAACCAGCCCUACGCCACGGUGAAGGCGCCCUACGGCCUGCAGUUCAAGCAGCACCCCACGGUGAGGCAGAUCCUGGCCUCGGAGCUGUCGGAGCGCAGCCGCACCAUGCCCCGCACCGUGCCCGGCUCUGCCAUGAAAGUGGGGUCCCUGGAGAGGAAGAGGUUGCGGUACUCUGACCUGGACUUUGAGAAGGUGAUGCACACACGGAAACGCCACUCCGAGCUCUACCACGAGCUCAACCAGAAAUUCCACACGCUGGACCGGUACCGGGCUCCGUCCACCGGCUCCUCCAAGCGAGAAAAGCGGUGGAGCGUCUCGUCGGGCGGCGGGGACAAGAACACGGCCAACGAUGUGACCAGCCCCGAGGAGCAGCGGCCGAAAGCUCCGGCAGCGCCGCCCAAGCCAUGGAGCACGUUCAAGGCGAUGACACUGGGCUCGCUGCCCAGCGCCCAGCGGGACCGGCUGGAGCUGUGCAGGGCAGACUGGGACAGCCACUGCGCUGGCCUGGACGCGGCCGACGGCGAUUUCCAGACGGAGGUGUGAGCCCCGGAGGUGCCGCCGCCGCCGCCGCCCCGUGCGCGGCCCCGCUGGGUUUGCUCUGUGCUCCGGGGCAGCCGGGGGGUCCCUGCCCCUCGGGAGAGCCGCCUCCCACCCGUCCUCAUGCGGUUCCUCCUCCUCCCGCCACCCCCAGGACGCGGGUGUGGAGGGGACCCGCGCCCUCUCCCCCCACCCAUCCCCAAAAUGCUCCCCCACGCUCACGCCUGCACCCCAACCCCCGGGGCAGGACCGGCCCGUGGAGGCCCUCAGACCUUUGUUCUUUUCUACCGGGAUGUUUCUUCUUCUUCUUCACGCCGUGCACCGUGUGCACGCCAGCGGCCGCCCCCCGGGACCCCCCCCCCAAAAAACGCCGGGAGCCCCGCGGCCGCCCCCUCCCAGCCCUCCCCACCGUCCCCCACCCCACGGGGCAGGUGCUGUCGUUGUUGGAAAUAAAAUUCACUCUCUGUGGUGCC